AUGGAGAGUGGUCAAUCUCCGUCGCCCGUAUACGAACAGGAGAGCGAGGCGGAUUUGUCCUUGAGAGUGCUAAGUCAUUCAAUGGAAGAGCCCGAGCCGUGCUCCUUCAACUUGCGUCUCAUUGAAGCUGUCCGCAGUAGCCGCUGUCUCUAUGAUGCCAAAGAUCGUUUGUAUCGCUCAGCGGAUCAUAAGAUUAAAGUGUGGAAUCGACUUGUACAAAUAUUGCAAUUCGAUGGUGACGCACGCACCUUAUAUAAUCGUUGGAAGCAGCUGCGCGAUAAGUAUGGUAAGGAAAAGAAGAAAUUAAAGUACGGUGCAGAACAUACUGGAUGGCAGUACUUUAAGCAUUUGACUUUUUUGGAUCCACACAUGAUUGACCGACAGCAGCAACAGUUUGCUCGUGCUAAAGACGGCAAAGGAGUUGUGCUUUCACCCGGAGGGACUCCACAUCAUAUCGUGAUUAACGACCCGACUUUCUCAUUAUCACUUAUCCAAGAGGUGCAGCAACAUCCGUGUUUAUAUGAUAUCAGAGAUCCCAAAUACAGACAUUCCGAAUGUCGAAAUCAAGCGUGGGCUGAAAUUAUCAAAAACUUGGAUUUUCCAGGAGAUAUUAAUUCUAUUUAUAAGCAGUGGAAGAAGGUGCGGGAUCGUUAUGUUAGAGAAAAACGAAAAAUACGAAUGUCAAGUGCAAACGGUGGUGAAGUGGAGGAGUCGCAGUGGGAUUUGUUUCCUCAAAUGAUGUGGAUUGAUCCUUUUCUAGAUGAUCGAGCCACACAUUAUUCAAAGAGUAUCAAGCGAAAACAUGACAGUGAGGAGUUGUCCGAAGAUGGUUUUUUGGACGAUCUAACAGAUAGCUCGCACGGUCAACAUAGUGUCUCACAAAAUCAGUCACCGUAUUCUGCUGUAUUAUUGCCGGGAGGAAUGACUACUGUUAAAACAAUGCAAGGUGCUCACAGAGAAGCAGAACGAACAACAAUGGUCACAAGAAGUUUAUCACUGCAACAACGCGACAUGAAUGCCGUUGAUGGUGACAAAGCGUUUGCAUUAAGUGUAACAGCUGAUAUGCUUGCACUUCCGGAGCGUGCUAGAGCAAUCGCGAAGGCUCAAAUUCAGAAUUGGCUUGAUAAUUCUAGACUGUCACAGCAGAUACAGUUUGAUUCCAAAUAG